CUCGGCUGUCCCUGUCACUUUGGGAGCGGCGAGUGGGGUAGGUUUGGCGACUGCGGGCACUACAAAAAGAGUGAGUGGCUAAGGGUCGUGAUGGGCGAAGCGGCUUUAGCGACGGGGCCUUGCCCCUUGCGCGAGGACAGCUUCACGCGCUUCUCGUCGCAAAGCAACGUGUACGGGCUGGCAGGCGGUGCGAGCGGGCGCGGGGAGUUGCUAGCAGCCACCCUUAAAGGCAAGGUGCUCGGCUUCCGCUAUCAAGACCUCCGACAGAAAAUCAGGCCCGUGGCCAAGGAGCUGCAGUUCAACUAUAUUCCCGUGGACGCGGAGAUUGUCUCCAUCGACACCUUCAACAAGUCACCCCCAAAGCGGGGCCUGGUCGUGGGGAUCACAUUCAUCAAGGAUUCAGGGGACAAGGGCAGCCCCUUUCUUAACAUUUACUGUGAUUAUGAACCCGGCUCGGAGUACAACCUUGAUUCCAUUGCCCAGAGCUGCCUGAAUCUGGAGCUUCAGUUCACCCCUUUCCAGCUGUGCCACGCCGUGGUCCAGAUUGGGGACCAGCUGGAGACUGUGUUUCUUCUGAGUGGCAACAACCCAGCCAUUCAUCUCUACAAGGAGAAUGAGGGGCUGCAUCAGUUUGAGGAGCAGCCAGUAGAAAAUCUCUUCCCAGAGCUCACGAAUCUGACCAGUAGCGCCCUCUGGCUUGAUGUCCACAACCUGCCUGGUACAUCCCGGCGGCUCACAGCCCUGGGCUGUCAGAAUGGUUACGUUCGUGUUGCCCACGUGGACCAGCAGAAUCGAGAGGUUUUGCAGACGUGGACAAUCCAGCAGGACGGCCCCAUCUCUCGAGUGAUUGUGUUCAGCCUCUCUGACCCUCAGGAGACCAAGGAAAGCCCCAAUAGGGAAGAAUACAGUGUGCUCGUGACCAGCAUGUUGGAGCCUGCUGUUGUGUAUCGGGACCUGCUGCAUCGAGGUCUUGAGGACCAGCUUCUCCUCCCAGGCAGUGACCAGUUUGACAGCAUCCUCUGUGGCCUGGUCACCGACGUGGAUUUCGAUGGGCGACUGGAAGUCCUAGUGGCCACCUAUGGACAGGAGCUGCUCUGUUACAAGUACUGGGCCCCAGAGUCCGGCCUUCCCGAGGCCGACCAUGGAUUCCACCUGUUGUGGCAACGGAGUUUCUCCAGCCCGCUGUUGGCCAUGGCACAUGUGGACCUGACCGGGGAUGGGCUUCGGGAGCUGGCUGUGGUCUCCCUGAAGGGCGUGCAUAUUCUGCAGCACAGCCUAGUCCAGGCCUCAGAGCUAGCCCUGCGCCGACUCCGACACCAAGUGGAGCAGAAAAGACGUCAGCAGCAACAGGGUCUGGAGACCCCAGCCUCCUGA